GUUACUUGUUUAUUCGAAAAAACACAUAACACAAAAUGUCUGGACGCGGCAAAGGAGGCAAAGUUAAGGGAAAGGCAAAGUCCCGUUCAAAUCGCGCUGGUCUUCAGUUUCCCGUUGGCCGAAUCCACCGUCUGCUGAGGAAGGGAAAUUAUGCCGAACGUGUGGGUGCUGGAGCACCCGUCUAUUUGGCAGCUGUAAUGGAGUAUCUCGCCGCUGAAGUUCUGGAAUUGGCAGGAAACGCUGCCCGUGACAACAAGAAAACCAGAAUCAUCCCACGCCAUCUUCAGCUGGCCAUCCGCAAUGACGAGGAGUUGAAUAAGUUGCUCUCCGGAGUAACCAUUGCCCAGGGUGGUGUGCUGCCGAACAUCCAAGCAGUGCUGUUGCCCAAGAAGACCGAGAAGAAGGCCUAAAUUUAAACUGUGACACGCAUCAA